AUGGCCGCCCGCAAUCAAUCAUGGCUUCACCUGUUAUUGGUAUUAUGCUCAAUUCUAGCAAGUGUCGCGGCAAAAACAUCGAAGCUGAGAUACAUUAUGUAUCUGACCGGACAACACAAUGUCGUGCCCGAGUCGCCUUUGGUCGAAAACAUGACCGAAGUGGCUCUCGCUUUCAUGCGAUCUGAUACUUUUAAUAACCCCACGCAAAGCGAAUGGCCGAUCUUCACUACCAUAGAUGAAGUCAGACCCAAGUUCGCCAACGGAACCAUCAUUCAAGUUGCCAUUGGUGGAUGGGGCGACAUCGACGGCUUCUCAGCCGCAGCAAAGACGGAAGAAAGCCGCAAGCUCUUUGCAAAGAAUGUUCGGGCCAUGCUAGAUACGACGGGUGCAGAUGGCAUCGACGUAGACUGGGAGUACGCAGGCGGCAACGGUGAAGACUACAAGCAACCCGGCCACCUCAACAGCGACAAAGCCUGGGAAAUCAAAGCCUACCCCAAACUCCUCGCCGAGAUCCGCGCUGCUGUUGGCCCCAGCAAAGCCAUCACAGCAGCCGUUCCCGGCCUCCCACGUGACAUGCUAGCCUUCACAGCCUCCACCAUCCCCAGCAUCAUGGCCUCAGUCGAUUACUUAAACAUCAUGACAUACGAUUUGUUUAACCGCCGCGACAACGUGACCAAACACCAUACUGGCCUGCAACUCUCCCUCGAAGCCAUAGACGCAUACCUCGCCGCCGGCGUGCCGCCGGAAAAAGCAAAUCUAGGACUAGCUUUCUAUAUCAAGUGGUACAAAACAGCCGCAAACUCUACUUGCAGCACCGAUCCGAUUGGAUGCGCUACAGAGCUCAUGGAAGACCCAGUCACAGGCGCUGAUCUAGGUAAAGCUGGUGCGUUUUCCUGGCACGAUACCGUUCCUCAAGAACUAUCUGCAUCGUUUAACCGCGCCAUGGAAAAGGGUGUGUAUGAUGAGGUAGGUGGUGGGCACUACUACUGGGAUGAGGAGGAGAGGCUGUUUUGGUCUUGGGACACACCUGAUGCUAUCAAACGUAAGAUGCAGAUCAUCAUGACGGAAAAAGGGCUGGGAGGCGUGUUUGCGUGGGGAUUGGGUGAGGAUGCGCCGAAAUUUGAGCAUUUGAAGGCGAGCAACGAGAUGGUGGCUGCGCUGAAUGAGGAGCGUGGAGAACAAAAUGCGAUAGGUCUUAAACAUAGGAGCGAGCUGUAG